AUCGUGCUGGUCGAUGACCUGGCCUCGCCGGUGCCCGAAAUUGGGGGGUCCCACAAGGGGCUCCCCACCCCCGUCAACCUGGAGCUGGAGUGGGUGCUGGGCAAGAUGCCCCAAAAGGAGUUCCACCUGUCCCGGGCUCGGCUGCCCCGGCGCCCCCUGAGCCUCCCCCCGGGGCUCUCGGUCAGAGCCGCCCUCGAGAGGGUCCUGAGGCUGCCGGCCGUGGCCAGCAAGAGGUACCUGACCAACAAGGUGGACCGCUCGGUGACGGGGCUGGUGGCACAGCAGCAGUGCGUGGGCCCCCUGCACACGCCGCUGGCCGACGUGGCCGUGGUGGCCCUGUCCCCGUUCGGGGACAGCGGCGCCGCCACCGCCAUCGGCGAGCAGCCGAUCAAGGGGCUCCUGGACCCCGCGGCCGGCGCGCGCCUGGCGCUGACCGAGGCCAUCACCAACCUGGUGUUCGCCAGGGUCACGCACCUCAAGGACGUGAAGUGCUCGGGCAAUUGGAUGUGGGGCUCCAAGCUGGGGGCAGAGGGCGGGGCGCUGGUGGCCGCGUGUGACGCGCUGGUGGCUGCCCUGCGCCGCCUGGGCGUGGCCAUCGACGGCGGCAAGGACUCGCUCAGCAUGGCCGCCAGAGUGGGCAGCGACACCGUCAUGGCGCCUGGUGCCCUGGUGAUCUCGGCCUACGCCGUGUGCCCCGAUGUCACCGCCACCGUCACCCCCGACCUCAAGUGUCCCAACGACAGAGGGGCCCUGCUGUGGGUGCAGCUGAACCCGGGGCGGCACCGCCUGGGAGGCUCCGCCCUUGCCCAGGUGUUUGCCCAGGUGGGCGACGACUGCCCCGACCUGGAGCAGCCCCAGAGCCUGGAGAGCGCCUUCAACGUCACCCAGCAGCUGCUCAAAGAGCGCGCGCUGCUGGCCGGCCAUGACGUCAGUGACGGGGGCCUGCUGGGCUGCGUGCUGGAGAUGGCCUUCGCUGGCAACUGCGGCGCCACCGUCAGCGUCCCCGCGCCGCCACCCGGCGUCACCCCGCUGGCGCUGCUCUUUGCCGAGGAGCCGGGGCUGGUGCUGGAGGUGCCGGCGGCCGCCGCUGUCCCCGUGUGCCGCCGCUACCAGGACGCCGGUGUCACCUGUGUCCCCAUCGGCCACAGCGGCCCCUACGGACCCCGCGCCAUGGUGACAGUGGCCGUGGGUGGCCAGGAGGUGCUGGCCCAGCCCGUUGGGGACCUCAGGGACAUUUGGGAGCAGACGAGUUUCCAGCUGGAGCGGCUGCAGGCGACCCCGGCCUGCGUGGAGCAGGAGGAGCAGGACCUGGCCACGCGCUGGGGACCCGAAUUCAGCGUCACCUUCGACCCCGACUACGUGGCACCGGUGGCGCGGAGCAUGGAGCUGCCGGGGCCGCGCGUGGCCGUGCUGAGGGAGGAGGGCAGCAACGGCGACCGGGAGAUGGCGGCGGCCUUUGCCAUGGCCGGCUUCCAGGUGUGGGACGUCACCACCCAGGACCUUUGCUCGGGCUCCGCCUCCCUGGACGGAUUCCGGGGUCUCGUUUUCGUCGGGGGCUUCAGCUACGCCGACGUCCUGGGCUCGGCCAAAGGCUGGGCCGCCUCCAUCCUCUUCAACCCCAAAGUUCGCUCGGAGCUCGAGCGCUUCCGGACCCGGCCGGACACGUUCAGCCUUGGGGUGUGCAACGGCUGCCAGCUGAUGGCGCUGCUGGGCUGGGUGGGGACAGUGCCAGGUGAGGCCUCCUCAGGCCCGGUGCCCGCGGUGGCCCUGGAGCGGAACCUCUCGGGGCGCUUCGAGUCGCGCUUCGUCACCGUCAGCGUGGAGCCGGGGCCGGCGCUGAUGCUGCGCGGCAUGGAGGGGGCGCGGCUCGGGGUCUGGGUGGCACACGGGGAAGGCCGUUUCCAGUUCCGGUCACCCUCGGCCCUUGACCGCUGUGUCCGGUCGGGCCUGGCCGCUCUCCGUUACGUCGAUGACCGCGGCGCCCCCACCGAGCGGUACCCGCUGAACCCCAACGGCUCCGGCCGGGGCGUGGCGGCGCUGGCCUCGCCCUGCGGCCGGCACCUGGCGGCCAUGCCGCACCCCGAGCGGUCAGUGCGGGGCUGGCACUGCCCCUGGCCCGGCCGUGCCGCCUCCGGCCGCAGCAAGGCCGGCACCGGGCCCUGGCUGAGAAUGUUCCGGAACGCGCUGGAGUGGUGCCUGCGCUGCCCCCACGGAGAGGAGGGAGCGCCGGGUGGGCACGGAGUGAGCGCGGAGUGA